AUGCCAGGCAGCAAAUCUACAGGCACAGAUGCUCGCGACUACCAACAUGUAGCGGAACAAGAGUCGCCACUGCUGUCCGACAGCGACGACGACACCCUACAGGGCACCGACGUCUACGCCAAGGCCGAAGCGUCCCAACAUGCACGACCGGUUCGACCGACGCUCGGUCUCGACCCAACGCCAUCCACCAUCCUUCCACGCCGCCACUCCUUCAUCGACGAGGAAGAGCAGCCCCACCCCGAAGUCCCCGGCCUGACGCCCAAGCCCAAAGACGCCCCCGUGACCUGGACGUCGCUCCCGCAAAAGACGCAACUCGCCGUCCUGACCCUGGCCCGUCUCUCAGAACCCCUCAGCGAACGCUCCCUGUCGGCCUACAUGUUCUAUCAGCUCCGUUGGUUCAGUCCGGACGCCUCAGAAGCCACCAUUGCCUCUCAGGGCGGCAUCCUCACCGCCGCUUUCGCCGCCGCGCAGUUCCUGACCGCCGUCUGGUGGGGUAGGGCGGCGGACUCGCCCUGGAUAGGGAGGAAGCCGGUGCUACUUGUGGGGUUGUUCGGGACGUUCCUGGCCAGUGUGGGGAUCGGCUUCAGCACGAGCUUUGGGUUUGCGCUGUUCUGUAGGAUCAUGGCGGGGUUCCUCAAUGGGAAUAUUGGGGUGAUGAGAACGAUGAUUAGUGAGAUUAUCAAGGAGAAGAAGUAUCAAUCGCGCGCGUUCCUGCUGCUGCCGAUGUGCUUCAACGUUGGAGUGAUUAUCGGGCCCAUCUUAGGCGGAUUCCUCGCCGACCCGGUUCAAUCAUUCCCCUCCACCUUUGGACCUGGCUCUUCGCUUGGCGGCAAAGAUGGUGUUUCUUGGAUGAAGAGCUACCCGUACGCCCUUCCGAACCUCGUCUCCGGUAUCUUCAUCUUCUGUUCCGCACUUGGCGUCAUCUUCUUCCUGGAGGAGACCCACGAAGCGCUCCGCCACAAACCCGACUGGGGCCGCAAGACCGCGAAGUUCAUCGCCCGUCACGUCUUCCGCUCCCGCACUGAGGACGGCGACUACCGCUACGCGCCCCUGCACGGGCACUCGACAAGCGAAACCCUCGACCUGGAAGACCACCCAACCCCGUCCACAACCUCCCACCCCGUCACGCCCGCCGCGCCGCCCACUCCGCCCCGCGUCACACCCCUCCGCAGCAUCUUCACCCGCAACGUCACGCUCACGCUCCUCUCGCACCACCUCCUCGCCCUCCACGUCAGCACCUUCAACGCCCUCAUCUUCCUCCUUCUCCCCACACCACGCUCCCACAACACCACCGCCCACCUCCCCUUCCUCUUCACGGGCGGCCUCGGCCUCACCACCGAGCAAGUCGGCGUCGCCACCGCCAUCAUCGGCGCCAUCGGCCUCCCCCUCCAAAUCCUGCUGUACCCCUCCCUCAACACCCGCCUCGGCACCCUGCGCGCCUACCGCCUCUUCUUGCCCUUUAGCGUCGCCGCCUACAUCCUCUUGCCGUUUUGCGUUUUGCUGCCCGCGACGCCGUCCUGGCUCGUCUGGCCCGCUUUGACCGCAGUCUUUGCCCUGCAGGUGCUGAGUCGCACGUUCGCGCUGCCCAGCACGGUGAUUUUGGUGAAUAAUAGCGCGCCGGGCCCGAGGGCGUUGGGCACGAUUCAUGGGUUUGCGCAGAGCGUGAGCUCGGGGGCUAGGACGGCGGGGCCGGUGCUGGGUGGGUGGGCGCUGGGGUGGGGUUUGAGGGGGAACUGUGUGGGAGGGGUGUGGUGGGGGAUGGCGGGCGUGGCGGGCGUGAAUUGGGCGCUGUUGUGGUGGAUUUGGGAGGGGGAUGGAAGCGGGGGGAGGGCUGUGUAG